CUUAUAUUUUUAGAUUACAAACAUCCACAUCGUCUGGAUUACGACCACUUCAUUGGCUAAAAAGCUGAAAGAAAAUACCUCAACUGCCUCAACUCUUUCUUUCUUGGUGAUCAUAUCCAUCUCUCUCUCCAGCUUCUUCUUCUUCUUCUUCUUCUUCCUGAUCUUCACAAACACUUAUAAAUGAGAUAUAGAUAGCUACCAGCUACAGGUUGUGGCCCCGAAACAUCAAACUCGGAGAUCUUUCGAUGGAGUUCAAGCGUAGGAUCACCUCCAUCUUUCUGCUGUUCCUUCUCCUCGUCAUGCCUUACAUUUCAAGAGGAGUUUCUCAAGUAGAAGACUCAGGAAUUUAUGAAAUCGAUUAUAGAGGACCUGAGACUCAUUCUUCUGCAAGGCCUCCUCCUGGUCGUUCUCAUGGGAGACCCUUCUUUCAUGGAGAUCAAGCAGCAGCUUAUAAAUCCAAAGCCAUUGGAGAAAAUUUUCUUGCAUGUUUUGCAGGCUAAGAAAAUCCAUGGAUGAUAAGUGAAAUUAUGGAAAUUAAAUAUAUUAGUUAAAUUUUAAUUACAAGGAAUUUGUGUGUGGAGUUUUUGUAAUUGAGAUUAUACAUGGGUUUCAUGGCCAUGGAUAUAUAUAUGAAGAUCAAUGAUUUGUGAAUAAUAA